GAAGGAGCAAAGAUCCAUCUCUUCACGGACGGUUCCAAAAACCCAAAGAAGCCGAGAGACGAUGCCUGGUCCGUUGUGAUCGUAGGUGACGACAACCGCGGUUUCAGCUUCCAGGGGGCCAUCAUGGGGAAGCACAAGAGCGGCACCGACAUCGCCCUCAAGGACAACGUCGAGCACGAGAUCACCUCCACGACUGUCGAGAUCACAGCCAUUAUAUGGGCCUUCGCCUGGGUGGUACACUACAACCCCCAUCACAUCACCACGAUAUCCACGGACUCGCUCGGCGCCCUGCAGCUCGCGACGAGGCUCGCCUUCACCGACCGCGACCCCAAGCUCGUCAGGACACUCUGCAUCCUCUACGACAUGGUCAGCAACAAUAUCGACCUGCAGCACGUCCACGCCCACGACUACAACCCGUGGAACGAGGUUGCCGACGCCGCCGCCAACCACGGACGCCUGCAAGAGGUUACACCUCCUCAGCCAGAGUGGGCAAGCGUCAUGGAUGGCGCAUCCCAGCGGGACUGGGAGUUCCUGAUCGACGCGGAUCCCAACACUAGGGAGGCAUACCCCGCAUUCGGCCACGGCAACCUCACAGCUAACAGGGUCGAGACGUCCGCCGAGGCCCGACACUUUCACAACCCCAACGAGUCCAGCGACAAGAAGAUCAUAGUAGAAAUAAACAUCGCGACCUUCAACAUCCAGUCGGGGAGACACGAUGACGACGCCAGAUGCGCCAACGCCAACUGCUACCACACCAUCUCCAGCAGCCACAAAGGGUUCAAUUACGGCUGCGAGCUGCAUGCCCUCGCGACCGAGAAGGAUAGCUACUGGAAGAAGCUCGCGGAGACCACCGAAAAGCACCAAGUGAACAUCAUCUUCUUCGACGCAAAUGCCAAGACAGGCAACAUCACCAACACGGCCAUCGGCGACAAGGGCUUCAAGCAAAACGAGGACCCAAACGGACACCGUCUACAUGAGCUUCUCCUGAACAACCACCUAGCGGCCGCCAACACCUUCGCCAGCCAUGGACCAGAGCACCACACCUGGCACUCGGGCAAGGACCCUCAUCGCAUCGACUACGUCAUCAUCCCCAAGGGCUACAUCGACUCUAUCGAAGAGUGCGCCGUGCUCUGCGGCAUAGACAGCGACCAAGACCCAGAGACCAAGGACGACCACUACCCAGUCAAGCUGCAGCUGGCCUACCAUAUCGUCUCGUCCGUCACCAAAGGAGUCCCUGAGUUAGACGAGAGCAAGCUAGCCGACGAAGGGUGCCGCAAACAGUCCAGCCAAAAACUCGACGGGGUCAAACACCCGCCCUGGGACACCAACCUCAACGAGCACCUCGCCAUAGUCACCGAGAAGGUCACGGAAGCUGCGCACGAGUGCUUCCGCUCAAACGGCCGCGCUCCACGCGAGCCCUACAUCGCCAGGCGGUCCUUCGCACUCCUGCGAGUUCGCCGCUCGAUACUCAAGACGACGCGGAUCGCCGAGAAAAACGGGAUUGUCAACCACUUCGGUGACAAGAGGCUACGCCACACGGCCAAGAUCAUAGCGAAGGAAGCUCUCCUGCCCGACCCCGCCGACGUUAGUGCCCUGGCCGAUCUCAGCGACUACGCGAAACUGGUGGUGGCCUCUAUCAUAUUCAGCACUUCCAGCCUAGCGACCUCUGUCGUGGAACCCGACGAAGCCAACGCCGUGCACAGCGCCCAGCACUGCUUUGACGCUCUUCUUCAAUUCCUCGGGAAGUCUAAGUCGACCCUACAGAAGUGGAUCACGACAGACCGCGACGACUUCCUCGAGAGGACCGCCGAUGAGAUGGGCACAGCGAUCGACGACCACGCCCCCCGUUUAGAGGCCCUGUACGCGAAGCGACUACCAGCCUUCGGAGGACGAAAGUCCAAGAAGCCGCCGACGCCCAUCAUCCGCACCAACGACGACGGGGAGCCCCUCACGACGAAGAGCGAGAUCGCCGACCACGCCCUGGCCUUCUACGGCAAAGUUGAGCAGGCUAAAGCCACGGAUGCAGACGGGGUAGCAGCCGACUACAAUAAAAGGACCGGCCACGAAGGGCCAGGACCUAAGAUCCAGAACAUACUACCCAAGCACCAGCUGACCAGCCAGCUCGCCGCCGCCAAGCGAGGCCGCCGAGGCGGCCCCGACCAGCUCACCGACGACAUGUCCAGAGCCAGCCCUGAAGGGAUGGCUCGCCUGCUCCACCCUGUCCUAGUCAAGACCCACUUCGAGAGCACCGAGCCGAUCACCGCCAAGGGUGGGGACUCCACGUAUUUCCACAAGGGGCAGGGGGCCAUGGAGCUCCAGGAAUCCUACCGCGGCAUCCUGCUCAACAACACCAUCGGCAAGAUGCACAGCAGCUUCCUCCGCUCCCGCGUGAAAGGCCUGCUGCCUGAACUCCUAGAAGCAACCCAGUGUGGCGCUCGACCAAAGAUGGCCACGGAUUUCAUCACUCACACCAGCCUCGCCUUCGUCAGCGACUGCCAAAGGAGAUCAAGAUCAUGCAGCAUCACCUUCCUGGACCUCAGGGAGGCCUUCCACUCCGUCAUCAGGGAAUUAUGCAUGCAAUUGCCGACCACCGCCGACGAGCUUAACGAGCUCAUCGAACGGAUCGGCAUUCCCGACUUCAUCAGACCAGCGCUAAAGGAACGACUUCAGCAGCCCGCCUACAAAAACCAACACAUCGACGACGGGCACCUCUGCCACAUGAUCGCUGAUCACCACACCUCCAACUGGAUGACAGCCAAGAGCGCAAGGCACUACCAGCUGCCUCGGACCAGCACCCGACCUGGAGUGCCAUGCCCGGACGUCGCCUUCAACAUACACUUCCCCAUCAUGCUGAGGGCAAUCGACCAGGCAGCCCGAGAGGAAGAGGCCCACGGCCAGCAGAUAGGCGGACACGAGAUAGAGGCCUGCAGCAAGCCUCUCUUUUCACCUACCCCUCACGAAAGAAGCGCGCUCAGGAACAUGUCCUUCGUCGACGACCUCACAGACUACACGACCGCUCUGGCAGCUGCCAGGCUCUGCGCAGCAGCGUUCCAGCAUGGCCUGAAGCCACGCCCAGAAAAAACCAAGGCCAUCCUCAUGCACUACGGCGCAGGGGACAAGAAGGAGAAACAGCGGGUCGCCAAGGAGGGCAUCACAUACCUCGAAUUGGACGGACUUUCUAUCAAGGUGCAGCUAGUAACGCAACAGAAAAACCUCGGUACCAUCAUCUCGGCGGGCGGGGUCAUGGGACCAGAAAUCUGCCUAAGGGUAAACCGCGCGCUCGGGGCAGCCCGGCCUCUCGAGAAGCAGAUCCUCCGCCGCAAGAAGCUCUCGAAGAAAGCCAAGGUGAAGUACGUCCACUCGUUUUCGACAUCCUCGCUGACAUACAACCGCCACGUCUGGGGCGACCUGGCCCUGAAAGACCUGAAGCACAUAUCCGCCACGUACAUAGGCCCAUGCCGCGUGGCAGUCGCGCUACCCAAGACCAACUCACCCGACCAGCACAUCUCCGAAGCCGAGGCAAUCGCCAAGACAGGAGUACCCGACCUCAUCACUCACCAGUCGAUAGCGCGGCUACGAUACUUGCCAAGACUCCUGAAUCAUGCCCCAGCGGUCCUACUCCAGCUACUCGACGGCCAGCGCCAACGACAGGGCACAUGGGGCCGCCAGCUUAAGAAAGACUUCGACUUCCUACGAACGCACCUGCCAAAAGAGAGGUGGCCCAGCCAAACCCAACACGACCGCGACAUCACCAACUGGGCCCGACAGAAGCCGAAGCUAUUCACCAACGCAGUCAAGGCAGCUUCGAAGGCCUACAUUCUCCACAUUCGCGACCAAGCUCAGGGCGCUAAGCUCCAGAAGGACAUCCAGAUGACCUCAGCAGCUCACCCAACUGAAGGCCUGGACCUCUGCGACGACAACAACAACCAGAAGUACGUCUGUCACGGCUGUGGCCGAACGAUGGAGCCUCUGACGGAGCAGCAAAUAACAGAGAACCUCGCCGCCAUCGCCGAGGCCACAAACGCCAACAAGAAGCAAGGACGGCACCCAACCUUCAGCGACAAGCCAGCCCACCCGUGCGAUGUUACGCCGCUGCCGCUCCUCGAGACGUCGCCCGUCGCACCUAAAGUAUUCGCCAGACUUGAGCCAUCUCCAACCAGUCCACCCGCGAGCUCGCCUGCAGAACCCGCCGAGCGCCAAGAGAUCGUCGUCGUCACCGACCGCCCUCGACAGGCCGCCGACCUCCAGCAGAUCAUGGCCAGCAACGGGAUCACGAGCACCAGCGGCCUGGACUACGCCCAGAUCGCAACCCGCAGCGAUGGCCAGACCCCAGAACUAACGCCAGAACUUCGGCGAGUACAACGCAGGACCCUCCAUGGCGAGAUAGCGGCCAUCUACGUAGAGUUCCCACGACGAACCUGGUACUUACACGAUGCAAGCGACGUUCUAGGCAGCAGAGCAAGCAAGCGGCGCACCCCAGAGGCACCCUGGGGGGCGCCUCAAGUCUCCGAGACCAUCGCCGACGAUAUUUUCGCCGCCAACAACGUCACGCGAGAGGUCUUGCGCAUGCUCUUCAUGGCGACCACGACCGACAUACCAUGUGUCGCAGCCAUCUCGGCGGAGCCGAUCAUCAGACAGACUCCCGAAUAUCGGUACAUCGCCAACCUGUUGACUAUCCACGAGACCCCGACAAAUCACUACGACCUCGGCGCCAUGCAGAUCCUCGACAACGGCGCCCGCGACGACCUCCGCAACUGUAUGACUACGGCAAACGAAGGGGAGAUUGACUUCGCCAUCGCCGACCUGCUCGACGGCAACAUCGCGGCUAGACGGG